GUGGAGGGGACGCCUACGAUAAAACUGUUAGGCAUAGCCUGUUGAUCCAUUACGCUUGCCAGUUACAGACUCAACGGUCGUCGGUGUCGGGUCGCAUCGAAAAAAGACCGAAAGAUCAGUGAGAGUAAUAGAGCGGUCAGCAGCAGCGUGAAUCAGCAAACGGAAGAGCUACGGGGUGGGGUGAGGGAGGUAAUCGUGAAGGAGGAGGUGGUGGAGGUGGAAGAGGAGGUCGACGUUCAUUGAGUUCAGGGUGCACAUGUUGAAAAGACGGGAAAUAACGAACGUUCUAAUUUACAGUCGUCUUCGUCCUAACUAUAAUAGUAUACGUCAUCAAAAUGAAGGCUUUGAUUAUAUCGACCGUAGUAAUAUUAACUGGAAUACUCGUAUUUGUUUUGGGAUAUUAUUUGGCUGUUCACAACGUACCCCUCUUUACUCAUAUCCUUAACGAGCAAUUGGUUUUAUCGGAAAAUUCGAAAAGCUACGAAUUUUGGAAGGAUACGAGAAAUCUUCCGCCUAUGCAUUUAGAUUUUUAUUUUUUUAAUUGGACGAAUCCAGAAGAUCUGACUGUUCAUGGUGAAAAACCGAAUUUAGUACAAGUUGGCCCGUAUAGUUUUUUAGAGAUCAGGCAGAAGGUGAAUAUUACGUUUCAUCCAGAAAAUAACACCGUCAGUUACUUUCAACAACGAUUCUGGUAUUUUGAUCAAGAACGUAGUAAUGGAACAUUGCAAGAUAUUAUCACACAACUCGAUGCAGUCGCAGUAUCAGCCACGCACAAAAUACGCAACUGGUCUUAUUUCAUGCAAAAUACCUUCUCCUAUAUACUUAGUUCGAGAUCCGAUUUAAGUGUAAGAAAAACUGUUGACGAAUUGUUGUUCACUGGUUACGAGGAUACGUUAAUUAACAUGGGAAAGGUUGCAGCUACUCAGGAAAUGCCACCCUUUGAUCGCUUCGGUUGGUUUUAUACGAGAAAUGGUUCUGUUAACUUCGAUGGUAACUUCAAUAUGGAUACCGGUAGUGAGGAUAUCAGUCAAUUAGGUAUAUUGAAAAAAUGGAAUUACAAGGAUACCACGACGUACUUUAAAAGUCCUUGCAAUGUAGUCGAAGGAAGUGCCGGUGAAUUUUGGCCGCCGGAUCAAAUCGAAGCUGAUAUCAAUUUAUAUAGUCCGGAUAUAUGCAGAUCAUUGACGUACGAAUAUGAGAAAAAGGUUAAUUAUAGGGGCAUCGUCGGUAAUAAAUAUACUCUCGGUAAAAAAACUUUAGGAAACGAUACAAAAAAACGUUAUCCACACGACCAAGCUAAGUAUUUUGAGAUUACAACUACGACCGAGGAUUUCUUCGAGUCUGAUUACUCGGCAGAAGUUACCCAGACGCCCCAAAACAACGAGGAUCCUGACGUAGUUAAUUUAGGAAAUUGUUAUUGCAAUGGCGAAUGCAAUCCUAGUGGUUUAAUAAAUAUAACUUCAUGUCGUUACGGAGCACCGGCCUUUGUCAGUCUUCCUCAUUUUUAUAAAGCUGAUCCUAUGUUAAGUAAUCAGGUCAUAGGGAUGAACCCUAACGAAGAAGAUCACAGUUUCUACAUCAUUUUAGAACCCGCUACUGGAAUACCUUUAGAAGUAGCUGCUAGAUUACAAGUCAACAUGCUCAUACAACCGUCGCAUACCAUUUCACUUUUCCAACAUGUCCCAAAGAUAUACUUCCCAAUGUUUUGGUUCUCUAUGAAGGUACAAGCACCUGAACAAUUUGCAUCCGAAUUGAAAAGUUUGUUUGCACUUAAAGACUUAAUGUUGUGGUCUGGUAUAUUUUUAAUCCCGACUGGAAUUACCAUAAUAUUUUCGACUUUGGUUUAUCUAUACUUCAGGAGGAAUACAGUUCACGAACAAAUAAAGAUGGAGAACUCGAAUGGUUCUUCAAAGAAAAACGGGGAAUCUGUCUACUUGAGCAAAUUGAAUCCCGAUGAAGACACUCACGUCAGAAGUAAUCGUCAAUUGUAUCCGAAACUUUAUUGAUGAUUUAUUAUGUUUUUAUCUUUUAUCAGAUCAUCAUACUUGUGCCAAUAGCAGUCGAAUUUUAAGAUUUAUUAUCUUAAAUCCGUCUACCAAGUUUUGAAGACACCUGCUUAUUUGAUUGAGCUUCGAUAUUUCUGAUUAAAAGGAAUGCUUAUCCUUAUUAAACAAAUUACCGUCCUCACUCAAAUCGAUAAAAGAAUAUAAAUAUAAAUGUGUAAAUAUAUACAUAUAUGUAUAUUUGUGUAUUUAUACAUAUACGAAUAUUUUUAUACUCUUAUUAGAAUGAAUGCGCAAAUUUCGCGUGGUUAGAUAUCAAUUUUUAAAUUAAAAACUAAAAUAUCGAUCCAUAGUUGAAAUUUUGUACGCUGAAUAUACCAAUGAUUAAGUUUCAUUUUAUUUUAUAAAGAUUUUACAAAUAUUUUAUAAGCCAUAAUCCUCUAACAUUUAAAUACAUUCCUGAUGUAGAAAUUAGUGUAUGUAAAUCGAUCAAGAUUAUAAGAUGGUAGAAUUUAAGACUGAAGAAUAUUUUAAUUGUUAUGAUUGUGAUUAUUAUUUUAUUAAUGGAUGGUAAUACAAAAAAAAAAAUUAAAAAGACAAAGUGCGGCCUUGAAUAUUAUAGUUUUCUAUAUAGACUCAUAAAUUUCCGAAUCAAAUAUUGGAUUUAUCCUAAAAUUAAUAAUGUUAUUAAAAAGAAGAAAAUUGAUAACAGAAUGAUUUCUAUCGGUUGUUGGAAAAGAUUAGUUUGUUACAAAUAACGUCGUUGUGCCUUGUAAAUUCUAUUACAACAAUUAUUAAGAAAUUGUUAUUAAUAGUAUUAUAUUUUAUUAAUAACAAUUUUAGAGAUUUAUUUUCAGGAUAAUCUCUAAUAGAUCACAAUACUUCCAUUUACAUAGAAUACAUUUUUUAAUUAACAUUGCGCAUUACUUCUUAUCUUUGACAUAAAUGUUUUCUACGAAGCCUCGGAAUUUAGAUAUUUUUCAUUAAACUGUUUGACGUUCGUAAAAAUUGUAAAAUAAUAGAUAAACAAAUGUUUCAUGAAAAAUUUGUCAUAUUAUUUUAAUUUUCAUAUCAAAAGGAAAGCUUUAUUGAAAUAUAUUUUGGUCUUGCUCUCUAGGAAAACAUUCAUUACUCUCUUGAUGUGCAAUGUAUUAAAGAAUCAAAAUAACUACGUUUACAUAUUUGUGCCAAACAUUUUUUUUUAUGAUCGAAAAUCUACGGUUGAACGUAUGCUUAGACAUGUUCACUAGAUAGACACGAAUACGGGAAUUAAUAUAGUUUUUAUACCUGGUGUAGUGCAAUAUGACUAUUUAACAGCGUUGAACAGACCUCAUAAAAAAAUAGCGUAAUAGAAGAUUAUAAAAAAUUAUAAACUAUCAGAGCUUACGCGAAAUUGUCCACAAUUUCGCAUAUAACAUAAUUAUUUUAUUUUAUUUCUACCAUUAAAAUAAAAAUAAUAUUAU